GUCAGCAUCUUUAGUACUCAUCUAGUGCUGUUUAGUAUCUCCCUAAAGCUUCCCAAAUACUUCCCUUGGACCCUAGUGCAAGUGUAUGCUCAUCAAUGUGCUUCUGCCAGCCCUGUCCUCAUUUCUGCAUUCAUCUCUACCCUCACAGGCACAUAUUCCAGCAGCGCCAUUAAGAACUAUAUCUAUGGAGUGCGUGUCUGGCACAUUCUGCAUGGAGCACCAUGGAAGCUCAAUGAUGAUGAGAUUAAUGCUUUAAUGACUGGUUCUGCACACACAGCCCCAACCACUUCAUGGCACAAGAAGCAAAGACUGUACACACCAUAG